GUUAAUUUUCAGACGACUCGUUAGAAAUAACCUACCGAAAGAGGAGAAUCCAAUUAGAACAUCUUCUCGUUUCUUCCCAGCUCCCAUCCCUACCCAGACCCAGCCUUUAAACUCCGAUGGAUCCCAGCAAGGAAAUCGCUGUCGACCUCCUCCCCCUCCUUCGAACCUACAAGGACGGCCGCAUCGAACGCCUCUACGGCAGCAACGACUUCGUCCCACCCUCCCUCGACACUGCCACCGGCGUCACCUCCAAAGACGUCCUCAUCGAUCCCCAUACCAACUUAUCCGCCCGUCUCUUCCUUCCCGACCUCACCUCCCUCGGCCCUUCCCAGAAGCUCCCCGUCCUCAUUUACUACCAUGGCGGCGGCUUCUGCGUCCAGAGUCCCUUCUCGCCCCUCUACCAUAACUUCGUCAACUCCGUCGUGGUCGAAGCCAAGGUGAUCGCCGUGUCAGUGAACUAUCGUCUGGCGCCGGAGCACCCGCUCCCGGCGGCCUACGAGGACGCGGCGCGUGCGCUCCAGUGGGUGGCGGCCCACGCCGAGGGGCCUGGGCCCGAGCCAUGGCUCGCCCAGCGGGGGGAAAUCUCGCGCGUGUUCUUGGCCGGCGACAGUGCCGGCGCAAACAUCGCUCACAAUAUGGCGAUGCGGGCGAAGGCGAGGAUCGAAGGGUUGGUGCUGAUCCACCCGCACUUCUGGGGGUCGGAGCGGUUGGGUUGCGAGAAGGACCGGGCUGACAAGCCGUUUCUGGAGGCGGAGGUGGUGGACCGGCUGUGGCCUUUCGCGUGGGGAAGCGCGGUGGAGAGCGACGACCCGCAGGUGAACCCAAUGGCGGAGGGGGCACCAAGCCUGGCGGGGCUGGGGUGUGGGCGGGUGCUGGUGGCCGUGGCGGAGAGGGAUGUGCUGAGGGACAGGGGGAGGGCGUAUUGCAAGGCGUUGAGGGGGAGUGGGUGGAGUGGGGUGGUGGAGCUGCUGGAGACCGAGGGGGAGGACCAUGUGUUUCAUCUGCUCAACCCUUGUUGCGACAAGGCGGUGGAGAUGAUGGCGCGGUUGGCGGGUUUCCUUCGUGAGUGGCGGGUCGACGACGGUACGAAAAUGAGUAUCACAAACGGCUCCCGCUAGGUCCUGGGCCUCGGCUCCAGAAAGUUCUUUCUCAACAAGCUGGUGUUCAAGGCUUUGGAGUAGGUGGAGCGUGAGUCUCGUCGAGCAAGGGGUUCAAUCUAGAUGCAGACGAGGAAAAAUAUGUAUGUUAUGUGAAAAAUAAGAAAACAAACAUCCUUGCGUUGUUAAAUAAAUAAUAAUUUACUGUCAAUAAAAAUUAUUGGGUAUAAAAUAUCCCCAGCUGAAGUU